UCUCAUAUAUACAGGCCGUGUGCCCAGCCAAUAGACGAAGGGAUUUUUCAAAAGAGAGGAAUAUUUUAGGGUUACCAUCCGAAAAUGAGCCGAAGAAGAGACUGUUGAAGUGCCUCUUUAUUUUUCUCAUUUAUGCAUGGGCGUGCAUUGUGACUCAAGAAGAAACGUUUCAAUGUCCGCUAUCCUUCGAUGGAAUUCUAGCAUUCAUUGGCCGAAGAAAUAAGUCUCCUUCUUACCAUCACCGUCAUUGUCAGUUCGCAAACAUGUCACCUGCACCUUUAUCUGAUGCAAUCGUUUCAUCCACUGCUCCCGUUCCUACAAAAACGGUUGCAAGUCAAGGAAAAGAUCAAGUUGAAUUCGUUUACAAAAAUGACGUUCACAUUACAGAAUACCAACCUUUAAUUCCUCCAGCACUUUUGAUUCACGAAACACCCGUAACAGAUGCCGCCAAACAUACAAUCGCACGUGCAAGAGCUGAAUCAAGUGCUGUCAUCAACGGUACAGAUGAUCGUCUUUUGGUAGUCGUUGGUCCAUGCUCGAUUCACAAUGUUGAUGCUGCAUUGGAAUACGGUAAAAAGUUAAAGGAGAUCGCUCCUUCUUUGCCUGGAUUGGUUUUGGUCAUGCGUGCUUACUUUGAAAAGCCAAGAACGACAGUUGGCUGGAAGGGUUUAAUUAACGAUCCUGAUUUGGAUGGAUCUUUCCAAAUUAAUAGAGGAUUAAAAAUUGCCAGAAAUUUGUUGAUCAACCUCACUGCUUCAGGCGUUCCAGUCGCAUGUGAAGUUUUGGACACAAUUUCACCCCAAUACACUUCUGAUAUUUACAGUUGGGGAGCAAUCGGAGCAAGAACAACAGAAUCACAACUUCAUCGUGAAUUGGUUUCUGGUCUUUCCAUGCCAAUCGGUUUCAAGAACGGAACUGAUGGUGGUUUGGCAGUCGCAGUGGACGCAAUUCGUGCAAGCUCUCGUCCACACGCAUUCAUGGGUGUUACAGAAGCAGGUUUGGCAGCAAUUGUCAAGACUACUGGAAACAAUGAUUUACACAUCAUUCAUCGUGGUGGAAAGAAAGGUGUCAAUUACGAUGAAAAGAGCGUUCAAGAUAGCAAAGCUGAGCUAUUGAAACAAUUACCUGAUCGUCAUCCAAGUAUCAUGAUCGAUUGCAGUCACGGAAAUAGCGAAAAAGAUUACCGUAAACAAGCAAACGGUGUUGAAGCAAUCUGCCAACAAUUGAACAAAGGAGAAAAGGCAAUCACCGGUGUGAUGAUCGAAAGUAAUUUGGUCGAAGGAAAACAAUCUGAACCAAAAGCAGGAGUACAAGAAAAGACUGAUCUCGUUUACGGUCAAAGUAUAACAGACGGUUGUGUUUCUUGGGAAACAACUGUUGAUUUCUUGCAAAAAUUGAACGCUGCCGUUGAAGCACGUAGAUCCGUCAAUGGAGCAUAGACGACCAGAAAAAAUGUAUCACUUAUUAUCAUGUUUGCAAUCUUAAUAAUCAUAUCCUCACGCAGAUUCA